CAUUCAAAUCUUUCGAAUUAUUUGAACACAACAACAAGAUGCUUUGUAGAGGAAACAAUUCAAUAAAAUGUCGCAAACCAGGAUCAAAUCCUGUUUACUUAAACGUAUAUGAUCUUACUCCCAUGAAUGAGUAUGCAUAUUGGCUAGGCCUAGGUGUCUAUCAUUCCGGUGUACAAGUGCAUGGAGUUGAGUAUGCUUAUGGAGCUCAUGAAGAAGCUACGACCGGAAUAUUUGAAGGAGAACCGAAACAAUGUGAAGGGUUUACGUUUAGGAAGCGGAUUUUGAUCGGAUGGACCGAUAUGAAUAUAAAGGAAGUUAAAGGAUUCAUGGAAGAACUUGGCCACGAAUACAAAGGAACUUCGUAUAACUUAAUUACAAAAAAUUGCAAUCACUUUUGUAAAGAUGUUUGUAUUAGGCUUACAGGAAAUUCUAUACCGAGUUGGGUUAAUCGUCUAGCUAAAAUCGGUCUUUUAUGCAAUUGUCUAGUUCCAGCGAGUAUAAGUUCAACUAAAGUUGGAAUCGAAGAUAACAAAUGUAAUGAAGCAGAAGUUAAGGCGAAACUAAGGAGUCGUUCGAGUAGGUUCACUUCAUCGUCGAGUUCUCCAUCAUCAUCCGAAAAAUCGACAUUUGCAUCACCUAUAUUUGGUCGGACCAGAAGUCAUGGAAGAACUGUUCUUCAUCCAUGUUCCCCUUUGAUGCUAAAUAUUUCUUGUUCGUAGUAAAUGUAAUUUGGAAUUUGGAUUAAGGGUAAAUUAUUUUUGGUCAAUUCUUAA